AUGGACCCUGACCCAAAAAGCUUACAGUUUACAUUAAAAAAAUGGAGAAAGCGAGAGGGGAAACAGAGGCACAAAAAGGGCAAAUAUUCAUAUAUUGGUCCAUGUGGAGGACAAGAUUGUUCGGUUUGCCAGUGCUUUCCUGAAAAGGGAUCAAGAGGUCAGCCUGGUCACCUAGGGGCUCAAGGUCCAAUUGGAUCUUUGGGAUGUACAGGGCCAGAUGGUUUGCAAGGAGAAAAAGGACAGAGAGGUGAGAAUGGGCUGCCUGGGCCCGCUGGAGAAAAGGGUGAUAAGGGCCCAACAGGAGUCCCAGGAUUUCCUGGUUUAGAUGGUGUGCCUGGAUAUCCUGGAAUUGAAGGGUCCAGGGGCAAACCUGGCUUGGAUGGCUGCAAUGGUUCAAGAGGAGAUCCCGGAUUUCCAGGAGAGACAGGGUGUAUUGGACCAAGAGGCUCAUUUGGUGUUCUUGGGCAAAAAGGAGAAAAAGGAAACUCUGCAUAUAUUUCAGAUUUCAUUAGAGGUGCUCCAGGAGCAAGAGGUGAACCGGGCCCCCCUGGCACACCUGGACCUAGAGGAGCUAGGGGACCAAUGGGCCGACAUGGAUUGCCAGGCCAACCAGGCUUGCAGGGAGCUACAGGCCUUCCUGGUUUGCAAGGUGAACAGGGUGAUGUUGGACCUCCUGGAUCUCCAGGACAGCCAUUGUUGGUUUGGCCGCCCAGUUCUUUCCUGGUUAAAGGAGAAAAGGGUGCACCUGGAAAUGGAGAGAAGAGUGAAAAAGGUAUUCCUGGAGUCCCUGGAAUGCAGGCCUCCCCGGUCUGCCAGGAGCAUGUGGGGAACAAGGUCCUAAAGGUUCUCAAGGGGACCCUGGUCUCCCUGGAACAGCUGAAUCAACUCCAGGAAGACCAGGGUCUCCAGGAGCACCAGGAUUACCAGGAGCACCAGGAAGACAGGGUUUGCCUGGACCACCUGGGCAAACCUGGUUCUUCUGGAAUAACUGGUGAAAAAGGAGAAAAGGGUGACCUGGCCAGAGUGAAAAUCAAAGGAAUAAAAGGAAAAAGAGGACCUCUGGGGGAUCCAGGGCUUCCAGGCCAAAAAGGUACUGCCGGCAGAGAUGGAGAUCCAGGAUUGCCUGGAGAGAGAGGAAUUCAAGGUGAUGGUGGAUCAGCACUGCCAGGUGAUAAAGGUUUUCUUGGGGCACCAGGACUUCCUGGUUCAAGAGGGCCUAUGGGACCAUCAGGUUUGGGAUUUCCUGGCCCACCGGGAAUCGGGGGUCAUCCUGGAGACCCAGGAAGUACUGGUAUAAGUGGGCUACCUGGUCAAAAGGGUCAAAAAGGUGACAUCCACUGUUAUGUUCCACCAUAUCCUGGAAGUCCAGGCCCUCCAGGUUUUCAAGGGGCUCAAGGACCAAAGGGAUUAAGAGGACCCCCUGGUCCUCCUGGGCCAAAUGGCUUUGAUGGGCAAAAGGGCCAACGAGGCAAACCAGGGACAUCAGGUGAUAUAGGGCAAAACGGCUUUCGAGGCAAUGCUGGUGAUCCAGGUAAUGAAGGUGAAAGAGGUUCUUCUCCUGACGGUGCCCCAGGUUUUCCUGGCACUCCUGGACUUGCAGGCCAGAAAGGUGUUCCAGGUGAUACCAGUUACGGUCUUCCAGGAAUUCCAGGCCACAGAGGAUUGCCAGGAUUAUCUGGUUCACAAGGAAUACGAGGUGAAUCAGGUGCUCCUGGGCCACAAGGACAGUCUGGCAGACCAGGAUUUCCAGGUGCUAAAGGUCUGAGAGGCAGAAAAGGUGAAAUAGGCGCUCCAGGCUCACCCGGUCAGCCAUGUGAUAAAGGCUUACAAGGGCCACCAGGACAGCCAGGAGUUCUUGGACAGCGAGGCCCUCCAGGCUUACCAGGUUUUAAAGGUCAGAAAGGAGACAUGGGCCCACCAGGGCCAGCUGGAAUGAAAGGCCUACCAGGAACUCCUGGUGUACCAGGGUCCCCUGGUCCUCCAGGCCCUCGAGGAUAUCCAGGGCUUCCUGGGAACGAUGGAUUACCUGGACUCCCGGGCCAACGAGCAAAGGCAUCCAAGGCAUCCAAGGUUUCCCAGGAAUCCCAGGAAAAGGAGGACAGACAGGAAUCCCGGGUGGAAAUGGUGAACAAGGAGAAAUGGGUUCAAGGGGGCCUUCUGGAGAAUGUGGGGAUGGAGGGCAAAAAGUGUGGUCAGCUAGCAUUUGUAUAUAUUAUAUUCACCGUGUUCUUCUUCAAAGGUGAAAGAGGUGCUCAAGGAGACAGUGGCUUCAUUACCUUAUGGCUGGAAAAAGGACAAAAGGGAGAACAAGGGCUUCCUGGUGAGGCUGGGUUUCCAGGGGAAACAGGUAAAAAAGGCAGUCCUGGAAUCAGAGGGAUCUCAGGAUUUCCAGGCAAAGAUGGACUCCCAGGAAUUCAGAAGGGUGAACCUGGUGAUAGUGGACAGAUUGGGUUUCCAGGGCUGCCAGGCUCCCCAGGAUCGGCAGGUUUAGGAGGAAUUAGUGGUUUUCAAGGGCAACCGGGUGACCAGGGUGAACGAGGUUUACCGGGAAUUCCUGGAUGUCCAGGACAUGAUGGUACAAAAGGACUUAAAGGACCCUGUGGAUUCCCAGGAGAGCAGGGUUUACCAGGUUUCCAAGGGGAACCUGGAAGACAAGGACCCAAGGGGAUGCCUGGAUCCCCAGGAGCAAAUGGCUUUCCAGGAUUGCCAGGAGUUCCAGGUGAACAAGGUAAUACCGGGCCUUUAGGAGCUGCAGGAUUGCCAGGAUUACCUGGUCCCCCAGGCAGGAAAGGUUUAUCAGGGUUGCCUGGAUUAGAUGGCUUGAAUGGACUGCAAGGUCAAAAGGGCUCACCAGGAGUUCCAGGUCAAAGUGAAAUAGGGCCUCCAGGAUCCACAGGAGCACCUGGACCAAAAGGAGACAAGGGUGAACCUGGACAGCCAGGAGUUUCUCUUCCAGGACCUCCUGGAGACAUGGGUUUGCCAGGACACCCAGGUAGAACAGGAGGUCCCGGGCCUGCGGGACCUGUGGGAAGAUCUCCUGAAACUGCAGCUUCUGGUCCUCCAGGUGAUCAGGGGCCACCUGGCCCACAUGGCAUCAAAGGCCUGCCUGGCCAUCCUGGCCCUCCCGGAAAGACUAUCUUUGUGAAAGGCGAUCCGGGGGAAUUUGGUGUUCCAGGUGCACCCGGUAUUCCUGGCCAGCCAGGGCAGCAAGGAGCCAAAGGCUUUCCAGGAAAUCGAGGAAGAGAAGGCCUGAAAGGUCCGAUGGGAAACCGUGGCCCCCAGGGUCCCCCUGGCCCUUUUGGGCCAUCUGGGGAUCGAGGUUUUCAAGGACAACCUGGCCCUCGAGGUCCUGAAGGAAUUCCAGGUGACCCUGGUGAACCAGGAAAACCAGAACACUCCCCAUGUCCCAAGACACCGGGUCCUCGUGGAGUAAUAGGACAAAGAGGAGCUGAAGGGUCUAUAGGAUUUCCAGGGCCAAUAGGUUACCCUGGACCCCCAGGAAGUAAAGGUGAAGAGGGGUUGUUUGGCUUGCCAGGUCAAGAUGGUUCACCUGGUCCACCAGGACCCUCAGGUAACCAAGGUGUCAUAGGAGAACGAGGAUACACUGGUCCAGAAGGUCCACCUGGCCAACCUGGGAUCCCAGGACCACCAGCGCCUGAAACUAGAGCUGCUAGUGGGUUCCUGCUCAUUCUUCACAGUCAGUCAGAUAAAGAACCGUUUUGUCCUGAGGGAAUGCCAAGAUUGUGGACAGGAUAUAGUCUGCUGUAUCUGGAAGGACAGGAGAAAGCUCAUAAUCAAGAUCUUGGUCUGGCUGGAUCCUGUCUUCCUGUAUUCAACACCAUGCCAUUUGUCUACUGCAACAUCAACCAAGUUUGUUACUAUGCCAGUCGAAAUGAUAAGUCCUACUGGCUGUCAACUGCUGCUCCUUUACCAAUGAUGCCGCUCUCUGAAGAUGAAAUACAACCCUACAUUAGCAGAUGUGCUGUAUGUGAGGCCUCAGCCCAAGCUGUAGCAGUUCAUAGCCAAGAUCAGUCCAUUCCCCCAUGCCCAUUGAACUGGAGAAGUCUUUGGAUAGGCUAUUCUUUUUUAAUGCACACUGGGUCUGGAGAUCAGGGAGGUGGACAGUCCCUUAUGUCACCUGGAAGUUGCCUUGAAGACUUUAGAUCAGCACCAUUCAUCGAAUGCCAGGGUCAGCGGGGAACAUGCCAUUUUUUUGCUAAUGAAUAUAGCUUCUGGUUAACAAUCGUCAGGCCAGAAUUGCAGUUUGUGUCUGCUCCUCUGUCAGAAACCCUUAAAGAAGGGCAGGAACAGCGCAAAAAAAUCAGCAGAUGUCAGGUCUGCAUGAAGCAUGGCUAA